UGCAGGUCCGGGGGAGGCGGGCAGGACGGAGAUACUGGGGCUGCUGGGCCGCAGGUGCUCUGGUGCUGCACCUUGUCAAGGACUCGCCGCAGUCCCUCAUGGCACCCCUCGCAUUUGGCGGCUCAGUGAGACCCCGGUUGGCUGGACGUCCCUACUUUCCAGUUAGGCCCCGAGUAGGACCAGGCCGAGGCGUGGCGGGACGUGAAACAGAUGCUAUCUGGCGCUGAGAGUGAGACCCUAAAACAAAGAAGGACACAAAUCAUGUCCCGAGGACUUCCAAAGCAGAAACCGAUAGAAGGUGUUAAACAAGUUAUAGUUGUGGCUUCUGGAAAGGGUGGAGUUGGAAAGUCUACUACCGCAGUGAACCUUGCACUUGCACUAGCAGCAAAUGAUUCGUCAAAAGCCAUUGGUUUGUUAGAUGUGGAUGUGUAUGGCCCUUCAAUUCCAAAGAUGAUGAAUCUGAAAGGAAAUCCAGAAUUAUCACAGAGCAACCUAAUGAGGCCUCUCUUGAAUUAUGGUAUUGCUUGUAUGUCUAUGGGUUUCCUGGUUGAAGAGACUGCACCAGUUGUUUGGAGAGGCCUUAUGGUAAUGUCAGCCAUUGAAAAACUGUUGAGGCAGGUAGAUUGGGGUCAGCUUGACUAUUUAGUUGUGGACAUGCCACCAGGAACUGGAGAUGUGCAAUUAUCAGUCUCACAGAAUACUCCCAUUUCAGGUGCUGUGAUUGUCUCCACGCCCCAGGACAUUGCACUGAUGGAUGCACACAAGGGUGCUGAGAUGUUUCGAAAACUCCAUGUGCCUGUUCUGGGCCUUGUCCAAAAUAUGAGUGUUUUCCAGUGUCCAAAGUGUAAACACGAAACUCAUAUUUUUGGUGCUGAUGGUACAAGGAGACUAGCACAGACCCUUGAUCUUGAUGUUCUAGGAGACAUUCCCUUACACCUUAAUAUAAGGGAAGCUUCAGAUAAAGGCCAGCCGAUUGUGUUUUCACAGCCUGGAAGUGAUGAGGCAAAAGCUUACCUGAGGAUUGCUGCAGAAGUGGUAAAAAGAUUGCCGCCACCUCUAGAGUGAUUCCCCAAGUAUCCUGGAAAUUCGCUUAAUGCUUAACAAUAAAAAGUCCUUUGAAAAUCAUCAGUGCAGCGGUGAAACCUACAGAAAUAAUAACAAUCAUGUAUUUGUAAGGAAAUAAUGUCUUAUUUUCAGGUAUCACUUGCUAAGCAAUAACUCAAAAAUAAAGUUUUCAUAUAUGAAUGCUUACUACAUUUAGGAAUUUCUUAAAAGCUGUAUACCGACUCUACAGAACUACAUUUUAUUUUGUCUGCAUUCCUUCAGGAAUCAUGAGUUUAUAUUAUAAGCCCACCCUUCAGUUCACAAGUGAACUGUACUCUUUUUGCAGGACUGCAGAGUUAGUCAUAUAAAGGAUUUACUAAAUUUGUGUAUGGAUAUAAGUGUGACACUUCUCCAUCAGCCAGUUUGGUCUGGGUUUAAAUUCAGUCUCUAGUACUAUCUUGAAUAUACUCUUAGUGUAGAUAAACCUCUGCUUCUUCAUCUGGACCAGACUCUUAUCUAGACUUAAUGAAUAUAAAUCUCCAGGGGUGAGGCCUGGACAUGUGUAUUUUUAACAAGAUCAUAACAAUUUUGAUGAUUCUGAUGGCAAUAAUAAUAGCUAACAUAUAUCAAGUAUUUUCUUGUGUCCUUAUAGUUAAUCUUGCAUUCAUAUGAGUGAGGUACUAUUGUUAUCUCCAUUUUACAGAUGAGGAAACUGAGGUAUGGGAUGGUUAAGUGUCUGGCUAAGGUUUACUAUUUCAGCAAGUGAUGGAGCUGGGAUUUGAACUUCGACAGUUGGAUACUGGCUUCCUCCUUUGGUAUACCGAAGGACAUUUGUUUAUUUCAAAUGAGGAAUAUAGUGUUCAGCAUUUCCUCAAACUUAUUUGACCAUGAAACUCUUUCUCCCCCUGCCCCCCACCUUGCCACCCCUUGUUAGAGCAUUUCAUGGAGUUCAUGUUUCAAAUAAUACAUUUUGAAAAACAUGUAUCUUGUCUAGCUAAGGCUCAGAGAGUCAAGGACUACUCAAGGUCAAGAAGCAAAGUAGUUGUAAAGCUGCAAGUAUUGAUAAGAAUCCUUAGUUAAUCCUCAGUUACAAGAGGUAAUCUGUGACCUUUGGCAAAUGUGUUGACAUAUUUUGCUCUGUAGUGAGACAGCCAGAAAAUUAGGCAAAGAAUUACACAUUACUACAAACAUGUUUUCACACACUUUGUUCAUAUACAAAAAUCGCACAUGAUGUUUAUAACAGCUUUAUUUGUAAUAGCCAAAAACAGCCCAGAGCUUUUCAGUGGGUGAAUGGUUAAACAAACCAUGGUAUAUCCAUACCAUAAAAUACUACUCAGCAACAAAAGGGAACAAACUAUGGAUUCAUGCAACAACAUAGAUGAAUUCCGGAGCAUUAUGCUGAAUGAAAAAGCCAAUCCCAGAAGAUUAUGUACCAUGUGAUUACAUUUAUAUAACAUUCUUGACAUGACAAAGUUACAGAAAUGAAAAAUAGGUUAGUAGUUUCCAGGGGUUAAGUAAAGGAGGCUGAGGGGGAGGGGAUUAUUUAUGGCUAUAGAAGGGCAAUAUAAGGGACCCUGGUAAUAAUGGAAAUGUUCUAUAGCUAUAUUAUGACUAUAACAAUGUCAAUAUCUUGGUUGUGAUAUUGUAGUAUAGUGUUGCAAGAUGUUACUAUUGGAGGAAAUUGGGUAAAGGGCAUAAGGGAAUCUCUCUAUAUUAUUUCUCACAACCAUAUGUGAAUCUACAAUUACCUCAAAAUAAAAAUAAACAUUUGAAUAAAAAAACAAA